GGAACGAUGCACAGUUUCUUUAAUGAAAUGGCACGUGAUUCGACCAUGGGAAGAGACCGAGUACUAGUUGUACCGAACACCGGUAUCGCGCUCAACAGUAGCUCAUCGUCACAGAUAACAGCACCGGCCGACAUUAGCCAGCAAAUUCUAGAGCUGCAAAAAGAGCAAGAGCUGGAGAAGCAAAAGCUUUGGCAUGCGUUUCAGGAGAAGAAUAAAGAACUCGAGAUGCAGCAUCGGCAGCAGCUGGAGCAUAAAUUUCAGGAGUUGCGUGAUCAAAGGAUAGCGGAGGAAGCUGCACAGCAGCGGGAACGGCGUGAACGCGAAGCAAUCAAGCGCAAGGAGAAACACGAAUGCUGUGCAAAUGCAAGCUCGGAGGUGAAACAAAAACUACAGACUUUUUUAAUACAGAAAAAACAAGCCGCUGCAUCGAAUGGACUAUCUUCACCGGUGCCCUACAGAAAUUGGGGCGUCGUAAAAUCAUCAUCCGGUGAAUCGCUCCCAGGUGGUGCCGUUGCAGCGGGUGUUAGUUCGCAUCCUUACAAAAUCCCUCCACCUCCGAGUUCUAUCUCGAAGUAUGAUCCAGAUUUUCCAUUGCGCAAAACCGCAUCCGAACCGAACUUGCUGAAAAUCCGUCUCAAGCAGCGCGUUAUCGAGAAGCGUUCACUGAAUGGGCCACUGGCUGCCCGACGCCAGGAGCGUUUGCGCCGACUCCAGAAGCAGCAGCACAACCAGGCGCUCGCGCAAACAAAUUGUGCUGGAACAGCUAGCAUCACCACAACCGAUUCCGGCCCGAACUCUCCUCCAACCGUCGGAAGCCGUGCCUCACCCACCAACGCACCGAUACAGGAAGAGAACGAAGAUCCACAGUACGGUUCGGGAACAUCUCGCGCGAGCAUCAACGAUUUGUCACUGUUCAGCUCACCGUCGAUGCCCAACAUUUCCCUCGGUCGGCCACAUCUCGGCACGUCUGUCGGCACCGUUGCUCAUCUGACUAUCAACGCAGCCAGACCGACGCAUCUCGGAAUAGGCAGCAUCGGCGGCCAGGGUGCAAGCGUACCCUUCGUUAACCCAAUGCUGGAUAUCACAGAGCAACAACAGUGUAACCAAAACGUUGCAGCUGUAGCUGCUGCUGCAGCAGCAGCAGCCGCCGCCGCUGCUGCCAGCGGUGUUGUUGGGUUGGAGCGGGCACACCUCACCGGUGCGUUCUCGUCCUCAUCGGGGCCCGGCUCUUCCAGCGUGUAUCAUCAGCCUUCAAUCACGGAUGCACAUGUGGCCCAGGCUCGGCUUCACAAGCAGGGCCAUCGGCCACUCGGGCGCACGCAAUCGGCACCGUUGCCGCUCGGGCAUCCGAUGUUGGCCGGUGCAAAUAGUGUAGCAGCGGCCGCCAUGAUGAACAUCAGCCAGACACACUUUGAAAACAGCGAGGCUGAACGACAAGCAUACGAGCAGCAUUUAUUGAUGAAACAAAAGAUUCGCCAGACGGCGCUUACACGCGCGGCUAACUGCGUCAACCGAGAACCGCAGUUACGCGAAGAGGUGGAAUCGAACGAGGUGAUCGACCUGACGGACAAAAAGCAACCACCCAAGACAGUGCUGACCAGCAGUGUCAUUAAGAGCACCUCCCAAUCGCACCUGCUGUCCCAUCAGUCAUCGCACGACGACCUUGCCAGCCAUACAGCGGCCCAACAGCAGCAACAUCUGUCCGAACUUAUACAUCAGCAGCAGCAGCAGCAGCAACACUAUCAUCGAGAGCGCGAACUGUUUAUGCGACGAUCGAUACAGCUGUCUGUUUUGGAGGAUCCUUAUACGCACCAUGCGUCUGGUGGUGGCGGUGGUGCUGCUGCUGCUGCUGCAGCGACAGCGGCAGCAAACCUGCUUCGACCGCUUUCGCGCACAUCCUCCAGCCCACUGGUACACCUUAGCUCCAUCGGUGGAGGAAGUACUGGGCACCAAACGACCCAGCAAAGCAUGUUCUCCGAUACCGGACAAUCGUCCUCUACCGGUGGGGACGAUGAUUUGCCACCUCCGGUUAACUUGACCGUGCAGAACCGCAGCCGUUCGCUGUUGAGCUACACGCACGAAGGUUUGGCCGCAUCGAUGGUCGGUGGUGCAACCGGCUCGACGGCCAUCGGUUCAGCGGCGACGACUGGUUCAUCCUCCACAUCCGGUAGUCCGCCGGUCGGGAUGGUACUGCAACUGACUACCUCCUCGUCCGCGUCGGCCAUUAUUGGGGCGAGCCGCGAGCAAAAAAUGCGCACAACCACCACCGGGCUCGCGUUCGACAGCUUGAUGCUGAAGCACGUGUGUGCGUGCGGCGACAAUGCGAACCAUCCGGAGCAUAGCGGCCGUUUGCAAAGCAUCUGGGCACGUUUGCUCGGUACCGGGCUGGCGAUCCGCUGCGACAAGCUGCGAUCGCGCAAAGCGACCCAGGAAGAGCUGCAGACGGUACACACGGAAGGGCACGCCCUACUGUUCGGCACGAGCCAGCUGAACAGACAGAAGGUGGACACGAGUCGGGUAAGCUUUGUGCGGCUGGCGUGUGGUGGCGUCGGUGUCGAUCUGGACACGACCUGGAACGAGCAUCACACAGCAGCGGCGGCACGUAUGGCGGCCGGGUGCGUCAUUGACCUGAGCUACAAGGUGGCGCGGGGUGAAAAUCGGAACGGGUUCGCGGUGGUACGGCCCCCGGGCCAUCAUGCCGAGGCGGACGCGGCGAUGGGUUUCUGCUUCUUCAAUUCGAUAGCGCUGGCCGCCCGAUUGUUGCGGCACAGAAUGCCGCACGAGAUGCGCCGCGUCCUGAUCGUCGACUGGGACGUACACCAUGGCAACGGUACGCAGCAAGCGUUCUACGAUGACGCGUCCGUACUGUACCUGUCCGUCCACCGACACGACGACGGUAACUUCUUCCCUGGUACGGGUGGACCGGCCGAGUGUGGAGUGGGUGCCGGCCUCGGUUACAACGUAAACGUGGCCUGGUCCGGCGGUGUCAAUCCACCGUUGGGUGAUGCGGAGUAUCUGGCAGCAUUUCGUACUGUGGUGAUGCCGAUUGCACGUGAUUUUGCCCCAGACAUUGUGCUCGUGUCGGCCGGGUUUGAUGCUGCCGUCGGACAUCCGGCCCCACUCGGUGGGUACGUCGUUUCGCCAGCCUGCUUCGGAUAUUUGACGCGUGAGUUAAUGCAGCUCGCAAACGGCAAGAUUGUGCUUGCACUGGAAGGAGGCUACGAUUUGCCAGCGAUUUGCGAUUCGGCGGAAGAGUGCGUACGGGCGUUACUGGGCGACAGCACCACCUCCACGAUUGCCCCGUCCGAGCUGGCACGACCACCGUGCCAGGCAGCGGUUGAAACGCUACAGAAAACGAUCGCCAUUCAAGUGUCGCACUGGCCGUGCGUCAAACGUUUCGCGCACACCGUCGGACUGUCCGCGCUCCAGGCGCACAGCAGCGAGCGAGAAGAGUCGGACACAGUCACUGCGAUGGCGGGACUGUCGAUGCAGUCGCUGAAGAGAACAUCCGAUGUGUCCUGCGAAGACUCCGAGGAACCGAUGGACCAAGAUGAGUCCAAAUAAUUUUCUAUAUGUAUUUUGUGUGUGUGUGCGUGU